UUUGUAUUAGCAUGAAAACAUCUAUAUCAUUUCUAUUGCUCAUGCUGCUGCAUCAAUAUUACUUCUGGAUAUACAGAACCUGUAAAUGACAUGUUGUGAUAUAUUUUUCAAAACAGGGUGAACAAAAGGGGACUCAGCAAGGAAUAACUGAUAUGUGAAGGUAGCCCAGAAGUUGAGGUCUUAAUGGGACAACACAAUAUUCGCUAAAUAUUGAAAGGGAAUUGUGUGAAAUAUAAAGCGACAUUUUAUAUGUAAAAGUAAGGUAUUGAAUAUUCCAGGACAUGGUAUCUGGAUGACACACAGCUAUAUACAUAUAGCUAAGCAAACUUAAAGGUGUUACAAGAGCCAGAUUAUUCAAGUUAAUUAUAUGUUAUGAAUAAUCAAUAGCUAAAUACACUACGUUAAAUCUAAGAGAAGACCUACAAUAUGUGAUCAUAACACACGAAGGUAAUCUGAAACCAUAAAGUGUAAGAACAGAACCUAUAUCACUACAUGUUCAUGUAGAUAUAUGAACUGCCGGAAGUUUGGUGCUACUACCAGUAGAAAGGAAUUAAUAACAAAAAGUUAAGAUGAAAAUAAUAUAACACCUGAACACAUCAAAGGCAAAUAAUCCAUAAACCAAGAUGGUUCCACAUUUAUAAAAAGGAAACAGUGUGUGAACGCACUAAUAUGCACUAAAGUGAGCAACUUAACUCAUUAUUUUUAUAAUAGAUCAAUAUAAAUAUAUAUGAUAGUUCAGAAGUUCUGAAUUCAUGAAUACAUGAAUACAUGUAUAUAAUCUAUAUAUGAAAGUGAACUCUGGAGAUGUCCAGUCAGAAGUAUGUUGCUAUGGAGGAUGAGGAGGGGGUGUGGGAGGAUGAUGGAAGAGGAACCAAACAAGGAGGGAAGGUGGAUGAAACUGCUACUCUUUCUGAGAGUAACAUCAUCAAAAAUGAUCCACCAAGAGACACACGAGUAAGACACGUAAAACAAUCCUCAUCUUCGAUACCCAUUAUCAGGAGACGAAACAACAUUCUUGCCAGGAACCUCUCCCUCGUUGAGAUAUUUGGAGGGAUUAUGUUGCUUGUAAUGUUUGCGACAAGAUGGACUCUUCUACGUGAUAGUUACCUGUGUACAUGGUAUACUGGCUUAUGGGGUGGACUGUUCCUGGUAUUCACUGGGGUGGUAGGAUGCAUCACAAAUUAUAUCUUACGCCGUGGAUACUUCAUAGCAUGGAUGAUAUUGUCAUUGAUUCUCGCGUUACAAUGUGCAACUAUUUUCACCUUACACACAUUUGAAAUAUUCCUCGAGUUGAACAGAAACACAGACAUGGGAGAUGCUGGCCUGAAGGCAACAAGCAAAGUGAUAUGGAACUGUGUUAUGGUAGUCCUAUCUUUCUUACUGAUGAUUGUUUCUAUCAUAACUACAGGACUAUCUAUGAAGGUUGUGUUCGGCUGUGAAUCCCAACAGAAUAGACGUCAUGAGGAGGAGCCCACAGUAGAGGAUGGGGACAUCCAACUAAUGUCACAACAUCAGGGAAGUUAAUUAAGCACUGUUUCGAAGAACUUGUUUGUAAAACGUGUGAAAUUAUAAUACCCUAUGGACUAUUUUCACCUCACUGGCCUUUAUUUUCCUGAAUGGUUAUGAAAGUGUGAGGAAUUCUUUUGUAAAAAGGUUCCUGUUUAGA